GAGCACACACAGUCCCUGCGCAGUCCUGACAUCUCCGCUCACUGUCAAUCUGUGUGUCUCCUUGCCAGGGAAUUCCCUUUCAGAUAGAAGAACGCUGGAAAACUAUAUAUUUGGAGAAGAACUAUUGGAGAUCCGUUGUUUUGCACGCCGUUUCACUACUUCGCUUUGAAGGGCUCAGGCGGUGGAGCAAAAUGCCUCAAAAAGGAAUGAUCUAAAUAGUCAGACGCAAAUGAAGGGCUAAAUUGUUUUAAGCGGACAUUCAACUCGGUUACCAGAAUACCAUAGCCAACCCACGUGGGAAUCUGGAGUGGCCUCAAUGAUGCAAAACAGUCACAGUGGCGUCAACCAGCUCGGUGGGGUCUUUGUAAAUGGCAGACCGCUACCGGACUCAACCAGACAGAAGAUCGUCGAACUCGCUCACAGUGGAGCACGACCCUGCGAUAUCUCCAGGAUUUUGCAGACCCAUGAUGAUGCAAAAGUCCAACUGAACAAUAAGAACGUGUCGAAUGGCUGUGUGAGUAAGAUUCUGGGGAGAUAUUAUGAGACCGGCUCUAUUCGACCACGAGCAAUUGGAGGCAGCAAACCGAGGGUAGCGACACCCGAAGUGGUCGGGAAAAUAGCACAGUACAAGAGGGAGUGCCCUUCUAUCUUUGCCUGGGAGAUUCGUGACAGGCUACUGUCAGACGGGGUGUGCACCAACGAUAACAUACCGAGUGUGUCGUCGAUAAAUCGAGUCCUGCGCAACCUGGCUAGUGAAAAGCAACAGAUGGGUGCAGAUGGCAUGUAUGACAAGCUGAGAAUGCUCAACGGGCAGACAGGCACGUGGGGGACACGCCCAGGAUGGUACCCUGGUACGUCCAUGCCAGGACAACCAAAUCAAGAUGGUUGCCAGCAACAAGACAAUGGAGGCGAGAACACAAACUCCAUUAGCUCAAAUGGUGAGGACUCAGAUGAGACUCAAAUGCGUCUGCAGUUGAAAAGAAAAUUGCAAAGAAACAGAACGUCAUUCACUCAAGAGCAGAUUGAAGCACUGGAAAAAGAGUUUGAAAGAACCCACUAUCCCGAUGUUUUUGCAAGAGAAAGACUUGCAGCAAAAAUCGACCUCCCAGAAGCAAGAAUACAGGUAUGGUUUUCAAACAGAAGAGCAAAAUGGAGGAGGGAAGAGAAGCUGAGGAAUCAGCGACGACAAGCUAGCAACUCCUCCAGUCACAUUCCCAUCAGCAGCAGUUUCAACACAAGUGUUUAUCAGACCAUCCCACAGCCGGCCACUCCCGUGUCCUUCACGACAGGGUCAAUGCUAGGCAGAUCGGACACAGCCCUGACCAACACAUACGCUGGUCUGCCUCCCAUGCCCAGCUUCACAAUGACCAACAACCUGCCUAUGCAACCAAGCCAGACUUCUUCCUAUUCCUGCAUGCUGCCCACCAGUCCGUCAGUGAAUGGGCGAAGCUACGACACAUACACACCCCCUCAUAUGCAGGCACACAUGAACAGCCAAUCAAUGGCAACUUCUGGUACCACCUCAACAGGACUCAUCUCCCCUGGAGUAUCUGUCCCUGUCCAAGUUCCCGGAACUGAGCCAGACAUGUCUCAGUACUGGUCAAGAUUACAGUAAAGAAAAGAGUUACUUGGCUCUAUGACUUUCACACUAAGAGACUCUAACAGAGAAACUGGACCUCUUCGGCAGUAUUCCACACACAUGCAUAUACACACACACACACAAACAAAUACGAGGCAAGGAUGAGGAGACCUGGGGUCUCUCUUCACGCUGAAUCGUUCUUAAAAUUUGUGACACUAGCUUUACGAGGAAAAAUGGAUGCUUAACAAAAGAGUGACAUAACGGAUUCUUGCAAAGUGGCCGGAUUUAGAAAAAAUGAAGAAACGGAAUGAAAAAAAAAAAAAAAAUCAAA